CAGGAGUCCUCGAGCUCUAUUUCAACAGAGAACACAUGUUGUAGAUAAUGACGUUGUGAGGGUUUGUAGGCGACCUUUUACUGUCGUGAAGUGGUUUUUGGGGGUCAUUCCGCCAGCGUUGCCUUAGCCUUGCUUAUCUAUUUAGCCCCACAGGAGAGUGGAGGAGAGGGUCCCUGCCCCCACAGCUCAUUGCAGACUCCUACCUAACAAGAACAAUCUGUGUGCAAGCCGGAGAGCUCAGACAGUCUCUAGGAAGCUGAAGGGGGAGGAGAACAGCGGAGAGGCAGAAGGAGGGACAACAUUUUUUGCACUAUCCAGACCGACUUCCAACCUGAAAUCUGAAACUGCAGAAGUAGUGCGGCUCACAGAGCAUUUGCAACUCUCUGCCGUGUGUUUUCUCUAUUUCUCUCUAAGUUCACUUUUUCCAGACUGGUUUCACACAUCCCCCAUCAGAGGAAACCUUAACAGCAGCACUUCUGUCACAGUGGAUGAUCCUGAGGGGACGCCAUGCUACCGAUGGGCCCGAUUGGUCUGUUUGUGGUGUUCUGCAUCAGCAGCAGCAUGUCCACACCUCUAUCAUUUCACAAUGAUCUAGAAGGAAGUACAGAUGAGGAAGAGCCCAGCAUCUUCACUUCCUCUGCUCCCACCAGCAACCAUUCCACAGAGUACCAAACCACACCUUUUGGCACCACCCAUGUGGAAACUGACUUUCUAACUGAAGUUGUGGACUUUCUGGAGGAGAACAUGCUUCUCAUCCUGGUAGCGGCCUCUUUCAUCCUUCUUUUCUUCCUCAUCAUCUGCGGGGCGAUCAUCAUGAGCCACAGGCGCAAGGUCAAUACCUACUACCCUUCGUCUUUCCCCUCGAAAAUGUACGUGGACCGCAGGGACAAAACGGGAGAUGCUAAACUCUUUAAUGAGGUGCCAGAAAAACCCGCUCCAGAGCAGGAGAGUGAGCCGGUGGACUCUCACAGGCAGCUACAGGCAGACAUCAUGAGGGCCACCAAGCGGCUGCGCACACCUAACAAAUGUGUCGAUGCUGCAGGGGGGAGUGAUCCCAGUGGGAAAGUAGGAGACCAAAGUCCAGAGGACAGCACUCCUCCAGAUGGCGGCAUCCUGGACCAGCAGCUACCAGAUCUCCCUCUGGAAACUCAUCUGUGUGGGCCUUCUGACGGGGGAGCAGCUGAGGAGGAGGAGGAGGAGGAGGAGGAGGGAGAAGGAGGAAGCCCCGAGCUAAAGGAGUCCCCGGAGCCUUUGACUGCCAGGAGUCUGCGGCCCCCCUCUCUGCACAUUCACAAUGACUCUGCUACACUCCAGCUGAUCGCGGGACAGAAAACUGCAUUUUAACUAUUCUAAAAACUGACAAAUGUAUUAUGUUUAUGCUUUAAAUCCGUAAGUAGAGAUUUGUCCAAAACGGUUUCUAAAUUCUAAUCCUCAUUGUCGUUUUCUUUGCAGUGUUUAAUGCAGGGCAAUGCAUGCAGCAACCUGUUGCUUUGCUCACACUGGAUGUAUCUUUCAUUCCAUAUUAUAAACGUGUACCCUCUUUAACAUUUAUAUGUAUGGG